GCAUGCGUUAUAGCAAAAUCUUUGUUUUUAUUUUUUAAAUUGACUGGUGGUGUUAACUGUGUGACGUUUCACAUUAAGUAACGCCCACACAAUGUAUGUAAUUGAUUUGUGGUAUCUUAGCUUUAUAAUGUGUCCUGUGAGAGGUGGUUUAUCAUUUAAUUUUGAAUUAACGUUGAUGUUUUAAAAGUUCGUCAUUAUCUUUUUGGCCAAAAUAAGUUUUUUUCUCUCUUAUUUCUUUGGACUUGUUUUUUGAGCGAGAGUGAGCACCUAAUUAAGUAAUAUCCUCUUCAACAUGUUCACAGCAGAUAACACAAAACAUUAGAAUGUUCUGUAAUUAAAAGUUGAAUAAGGUAAUUAUUUCUUAAUUGGAUUGCUUCAGCUUAAUUAGUUUAAGAUUUUCAGAAGAGACACUGUGAUAGUUUAAAUGUUGUUUUCUGUUGAGACUAGAAACUUUGACCACUGAAGCUAUAACAAAAAGGCGAGAUGCAUACGAGAAAAGUUGGCUGUUGUUGUUGUUGUUUUUGUUGUUGUUGUUGUUGUUUUUAUCUCAUAUCAAGAAAGGAUAGGUUUAUUUAACAACAGUUUUUAUGGAAACUUAAUGUAAUAAAAAAUUUAAGUACAUUCGAAUCGUGUUUUAGGGAGGAUUGUAAGUUUGUUAAAAAUUAUGAUUUCCUAGUAUUUUGAAAUAUUACUUUUUUUGGCACAUUUCACUGCAAUGUUUUAUUAAUUUUGUUUAUUUUUAUAAUACCUUUAACCACAUUUGAUUUCGUUUUAAUUGCAACAAAGUUGUUUCGCUUUUGCAUUGGAGAAAUUUCCAAGAAGAUGUUGGAUUACACGUCCCCAUUCUACCACGUAGUUUCGUUUUCACUUUUCAUCUUGUUUACAAUUGAUAGGUAUAUUAAAUAAAUAAACAUAUAAGCGUGCAUAUAUAUAAGAGAAAUCUAAAACAUAACAGACUUGAUGAAGUACGACAGUAUGAUCGAGCAAAAAGAAAAGUCGAAUGGAUUUGGCUCGAUUACUAGUUUUGUUCGUCGAUCAUUUCGACGUUCAGGUCGUAGUAAUACAUUUCGGGCUAGCUUUGAGAAAAGUUCUUCCCCGAAGCCUAUUAUGCCAAGAAGAAAUUUUGAAAUUACUUAUGAAUCUAAUGUGACAGAGAAACAUUGUUACGAAGAUGUUCAACCAGUGUGGAAAUCAUACUUAUACCAAGUCCAGUUAAAAGCUCCCAAGCCACAAAGAGUAGUAUGCACUCAAUCCUCGGUGAACAAACCAUACUACUAUGGAAAAGAAUGUCAUGGCCCAAUACCGCGCGAGCAAGCUGAACAGUUAGUAAUGGCGAGUGAAGGAAAUUACUUAACUCGGGAAAGUACAAGACAACCUGGGACAUACGCACUCACUUUUAGAUUUAACAACAUGGCACGAAAUUAUCGUUUAUAUUACGAUCAAGAAGAAAAAAUGCAUUAUGUUGGUGAGAAACGAUUCGAGACUAUCCACGACUUAGUGGCUGAUGGACUCAUUACUUUAUACGUGGAUUACAAUGCUAAAGAUUAUAUAGAACAUAUGAACUUAGAUGUUCAACCAUCUAAUGAGAUACCACAUGUCGAUCAAGAAGAUACUAAAAAACCGCAAGAGACAUCUCGAAGCCCGACACGACCUAUUCAAAAUUCAUUCAAAGCAUCUGAAUGCGAAAAAGCUCACAACUUUAAGACUCACUCGUAUUACGGACCACAUUGGUGUCACUACUGUCGAAAUUUCAUGUGGGGUUUGAAAGCACAAGGUGUACGCUGUCAAGAUUGUCUAUAUGAUUGUCACAAACAGUGUAGUACAUUGGUUCCCCUCGAUUGCAGUCCCGACAAAAAACUCGUCAAACGAGUUUUCGGCGUCGAUUUAACGACUUUAAUUAAAGCGCAUGAUCUACGACGACCUGCGAUUGUCGACCGCUGUAUAAGUGAGAUUGAAAAGCGAGGACUUGAUAUUGAAGGCUUGUAUCGUGUUCCUGGUUUCGCAGACGAUAUAACUUCGUUACAGAAUGCUAUCGAUAAAGACGGCGUGGUACCCGACAUUAGCCCAUCGGCUUUCGAAGACGUCAACGUCAUCUGUGGUUUGUUGAAAUCAUAUUUUCGAUCUCUACCGAUACCUGUCAUCACAUUCGAUUUGUAUGAUCGAUUCGUAGAAGCAGUGAAAAUGGAAGAUCGUCUCGACAUUAUAAAAUCAUUGGCUAGUGUGCUAAAAUGUUUACCGGCCGCGCAUUAUGAAACACUAAAAUAUUUUUGCAGACAUUUGCAAAGACUGACAAAAUUUCAAGAUAAAAAUUUAAUGAAUUCGGAAAAUUUGGGCAUCGUGUUCGGGCCUACUUUGAUGCGCGCACCCGAUCAUAUGUCGUUUGAAGCUGUGGGGUAUAUUCCAUACCAGAAGAAAAUUGUACAGAUACUUAUCGAGGAACAAGACCUGCUGUUCGAAAAGUGACAGAAACUAUUCGGUCAACUUUCAACUUGAAUAAUCAAGAUCGCUUUUAAUGCAUCUUCGUUGAUUCCUCUUCAUGGAUUAACCUCGAUUGGUUUACAAAAAAGAAUAAUAAACAUUGUGUUUCAAUGAAAUUAACCUGGAUAAACGAGACAAAACUGAGAUUUAAUAAUGUUUAUUUCACAGUGAAAAUAGACAAAAAAAAAUCGAAGCUGUAAUUUAUUGAAUACGUAUUGUUAAAAAAUGUUUUUGUUUGUUUGUUUGUUUGUUUGUUUGUUUGUUUGUUUGUGUUUAGGAAUGUUCUCUUAUUACCGAUGUUUAUAUGUAUAUAUUAUGUUAAAAUCGAUAUAUUUUCAAUCCAAUAUUUCUUUUGUGAUGAUUUUUCUCUGUUACGAUAUUCGGAAUUACAUUCUACUUUUCUGGAAAUGUUUUUUCUUUUUCUUUUCUCUGAUUUUACUUUAUAUCUUUUUCAUUUUUUAUUUAAAAUUACUAUAUGAAUAUUUUUUUACUUUACUUAAAACUGUAAAUAUGCAUUCUAUCAAAUAGCCAAUCAGAGAAGAAUAUAUAAUUUAAUAAA